UUUCUGAUGAGCAAGGUAUUUUUCAGCAAGACAGUGCUACCCCUCAUAAAUAUUGGAAAGUUAAAGAAGUUCUUAAACAAGCUAGUAUUCCUCAAGAAGUUGAAAGACGGUUGCAUAAUUCUUUGGAUAAACCUACAAAUAUUGAUGAUUUGAAGGAAAAGGUCAUAGCA